AUGAACUUCGCUCUAGCCACCAGUACACCCAAUAAAGACUCAUCUGUCGUGACCGCAACUCCACAGCCGAGCCGAGGACCACUCAACCUCCCACGCUUUCUCUCUUUCAUCCAACGCUCACCAGAUUCAUCUGUGCCAUCAGAGAUACAAGCGACGGACCUCCCGAUGCCUAGCUAUGACACGGAGACGAACAAGGCGCUUAAGAGUUCAAAGCAUGCCGCAACCAAGAAGGCAAAGACAACAAUGAGCGCAAAUGAUGAAGAUGUGAACGACCGCGACGACCCUCUUAACACAACUCCGAGGCAGUCUUGUGCCUCGAAAAAGAAGAACAAGAAGACAAAGACGCAAAGCGCGAGCAUCGCAGAUGUCAAGAGUGCCGGGUAUGCUCUCCCGUCAGAGAUAAGCUACGCGAUUCCAUCGCACAGCAGUCGCAUGACGCAGGUGAAAGGCGGUGAGCAUACUGCGAGUAUGAAGACCAUGGCGUCAGGUUCCGUUCGUGUUACGACAAAAUUGUGGCAUCCAGCGAAGAGCAACGCUAAGAAGAUCGGCAUACCGAAGUUCCUCCUAGGUCUUUUAUCACUACGAGCUAGCAUCGUAGGCGCACACAUUGUCCCGCGCGAAGACACCUCGCCGAGUAUUACUACCGCACCGAUCCCUACAACUUUAGUACCCUUCGUGCUUACAGCAAAGGCAGCAGCCCUCACAUGUUCCGCAGGUCAAGAGCGCUGCGGCGAUAACCUUUGCUUUGACAAGCAAUCGCAGGUGUGCUGUCCCGGGGAAGCGAUUGUGUGUAGCUCCGGGACACAAUGUGCCUUUUCGAACUUGGGCGACGGCACUAUGAUUUAUACAUGUGCACCGGCAGACGCAAGAAAUGGUACCGAUCCUAGGAUCUAUACAGGGAGCAUGGUUACCGUGAGGCCGACGGCCACUGGAAACGCGACAUUACCAAACCCUACUGGAAACGGCGGAGCUAGACUCGGUGUCCCAGGUGUGUUCAAGCACAUUGCCCUCCUCGGCAACGUCGUCCGCGCAGUCGCAUUUCCUUCCGAGCUAUUUGGGGAAUGUUGCAUGGGAAUAUGCUGCAAACCCGGAGAAUCGUGUGCUAGAUCUUCGGAAGGACCGAAGUGUUGGCCUGGUGCGGAAGCUAAGGUUGCCGAGGCUGACAUAGCGGACAAAGAAGUGCACACGAGUGAAGUGGCGCCAGUCCACGAUAUUAGGUCUGAGGAACGUUCGGCGGAUGAGGUUGAUACACAAGACGUAAAAAACAAGAAAGGAGGCGGAGGCCAUGGGAGUGGAGGAGGCCGUGGAGGAGGUCGUGGAGGUUCUAGGCCUAUAGGCGGCGGACAAGGUGGUCACAAAUCCGUUGCUAGUGAUAGGCUGACGUUUGCGGCAUUGCACGUUCUUGAAGCAGCAGGUUUGGCUUUUCUCAUACACCGGUGGUUCUGA